CGCUGAGGGAAGGAAAAAAGGGAAGAGAAAAAGGCUCGCUCCGAAGUUGGGAGCGCUCAGAGGAGGGAAGGGAGGGGAGGGGGGCAGCGCCAUGAAGCGCAGCAGAAGCAGCAGAAGCAGCAGAGUGGCCGGGCGCUGAGGGAAGGCUGUCUCCCUCUCGGGGGGGGGGGGGGCACCCAUGUAGAGCGGGGCCCACUCCUUUUGGGGGCGCCGCCAUGAACGACAGGAGGCGCUCGGCCGUGGCCCUGAGCUCGCGCGCGCACGCCUUCUCCGUCGAGGCCCUCAUCGGCUCCCAUAAGAAGCGCAAGCUCCGCGACUGGGGCGGCAAAGGCCUGGAUUUGUCCAUGGAAGGCCUCAGUCCCGACGAAAGCGGAGGCGGCGGCGACGAAGCUGACAACGACGACGGCGACGACGGCACCCAAGGCCUGGGCCUCCACGCCGAUUCAGAACAGAGCAUGGGAUCAGACAUUGAUGUGCUGCCGGAGAGACGGUCCUGCUCAUUUGAAUCCCACUCCGACCUCACAUCCAGCAGCUCACUCUCUCAGCCACCCCCUACCUCGUCUAUGGAAGACAUCCAGGUGGAAUUGCAGUGUGCUGAUCUCUGGAAAAGAUUUCAUGACAUUGGCACAGAAAUGAUCAUCACUAAAGCUGGCAGAAGAAUGUUUCCUGCAAUGAGAGUGAAGAUUACAGGGCUGGAUCCUCACCAGCAGUAUUACAUUGCAAUGGACAUAGUACCUGUGGAUAACAAGAGGUAUAGGUAUGUGUAUCACAGCUCCAAGUGGAUGGUAGCAGGGAAUGCUGACUCUCCUGUUCCUCCAAGGGUUUAUAUUCACCCCGAUUCACUGGCAUCUGGAGACACCUGGAUGCGACAAGUGGUCAGUUUUGAUAAACUGAAACUGACUAACAAUGAGCUAGAUGACCAAGGCCAUAUCAUUCUGCAUUCAAUGCACAAGUACCAACCACGGGUCCAUGUUAUACGCAAAGACUUUAGCAGUGACUUGUCUCCCACCAAGCCAAUCCCUACAGGGGAUGGAGUGAAAGCCUUCAGCUUCCCAGAGACAGUCUUCACUACAGUCACUGCUUAUCAAAAUCAACAGAUCACAAGGCUAAAAAUUGACCGGAAUCCAUUUGCAAAAGGAUUCAGGGAUUCUGGAAGAAACAGAACUGGGCUGGAGGCCAUUAUGGAAACAUAUGCAUUCUGGAGGCCCCCAGUGCGCACGCUCACCUUUGAAGAUUUCACAACCAUGCAGAAACAGCAAGGGGGCAGCACCGGCACUUCCCCAACUACUUCAAGCACAGGAACCCCCUCACCUUCUGCAUCUUCUCACUUGCUUUCUCCAUCAUGUUCACCACCAGCCUUUCAUUUGCCUCCCAAUUCUUUCAAUGUUGGUUGUCGGGAGAGCCAACUCUGUAACCUUAACCUCUCUGAUUACCCUCCGUGUGCAAGAAGCAACAUGACUGCCUUGCAGAGCUACCCCGGGCUGAGUGACAGUGGUUACAAUCGGCUCCAGAGUGGUGCUGGUUCUGCCAUUCAGCCUUCUGAAAAUUUCAUGCCUCAGCGGACUCAAUCCUUAAUCUCAGGAAUACCUAUGCCUUCUUCACUGCCUAACAAUGGCAAGAUGGAGUCCUAUAAUGGCCAGCUGGGAUCACUGCCAACUUCUCAGUUCCAGUACGUCAUGCAAACAGGUAAUUCUGCUUCCAGCUCUUCUUCUUCUCCCAUGUAUAGCAGUGGGCACAUGCAACAGAGCUCCUACAAUGCCUUCUCCCUUCACAACCCAUACAAUUUGUAUGGGUACAACUUCUCAGCUUCUCCAAGAUUGGCAGGAAGCCCUGAGAAACUAGCCACUACCCAAAGCACUUUACUUUGCUCUUCACCUUCCAACGGAGCCUUUGGUGAGAGGCAAUAUCUCCCAGCUGGGAUGGAUCAUGGGAUGCAUGUUAUCAGUCCUCCCAGCAACAACCAGCCGACAGCCAACGCCUGCGAGAAUAGACAGUAUGGGGCUGUUCCAGGACCCUCCUCACAAAUGUCUGUGCACAUGGUCUAACUGGCACAACUCAUCAUCUUGUUCAACAAUGUGCAAAAAUCUCAUUAUUUCUCCUAUGGUGAUUUUAUCCUUGUUGCUUUGCAGUAGAAAAGAGGAUGUGUAUUUGAAUGAUGUGUAUUUGAAAUGCAAGUGAUUUCUAGCUAUAUUCCAAAGAAUAUGACAGCUGCACAUUGGAAUUAAAAGGCUUUUGCAUAACUGAAUAGCUACUUCGCCCAGCGGAUUUCUUUCAAAACUGCAUUGUUUGCAAAACAAUGACAGCGUUUGGCAGGGGUGGAAUGACCUAUAUGGUAUAAGCAAUAAUUAUCUGAUCUUGGUGCGAAUUCUUCACAACAGAAGAAAAUCCCAUGGUCCUGCUGUUUCUUCCAUGUUUUCCAUAUUCAGCCAACAGUCCCUGAAGACCUCAUCUCAUAAUGUUGCACUUCCUUUUUCUUGCCUUCUGUAACUAUUAAUUCAAAUCCAUUCUAGCAAAAGAACAUUGUGUAUGAACGAAAAAAUCUAUCUCUUCCCCACCUUUGAAGUUUGUGGUGCUUCCAAGAGAAAUAUAUAUUUUCGUUUACUGAAGUUUCUCAGAUUGAAAGGUGAUGUGGACAGGAGUAGCCAUUAAUGUUAAAAGUUUACUGUAAGUUUGGUAAUAUGCUUGGUAGGGGGAGGCAAGAUCAUUAUCACAUGGGAUCCCAUUUUGAAAAUGCUGUGAAGGGGGAAAUAAUGUUUAUUUGUACAGUUGGUGACAUAAAAAAUAAAUGGCAAAUCAUACUAAAACUACUACUAAUCUACAUACUAAUCCAAAUUAAAAUCUAAUCUAAAUCUACCCAAAACCACCCACAAAGCCUAUGGUAACAAACGGAAGUUUCUGAACUGGUUUCAUAUUGAACAAUGGCCAGAAAAAGGUCAUGAGCAUACGUACACAUUUUAGCUCCAACUACCUUGCAAGUUCUACAGAAGAAUGCUAAUUAUUAAUGGCAGGAACAAUCAUUAGCCCUUGUGGUAUCCUCCAAGUUUGGCCAAGUAAUAGUGCCUUCUGAAAAUACUGCUCCCUUUUGAUUUUUUCCAGCUCUUUGUGUAAUAAGCAAAAAAAAUUAUGCUCAAGCUAAGAAGUUUAAGUAUGUGUGAAAAUCCAAAUGCAAAGUAACAGAAUACAGAAACUGCAAUAUAGAGAUUUGUUUUGAUGUGUUGUAGAUAAAUGUAUUUAUGUCUCUAGUGUGUGGGGGAGGGAGGGUAUUCAACAUAAUGAACAUUAAAGAGGUAAUAAAUGGGCAUGUAAAAUAUAUAUCAAGAAAGAAAAAGUAUAAAGCUUUGCCCUAUGCAGGGAACUCUUGUUUCGAGGUGAAAGAAACAUGAUUGAUGCAAAAUAAAUAUUCGUUCCUUU